CUUCACUCCCACUCCUUCACAACUCACAAACAACAAGUUCUCCUUUUGAAGUUGUACGUUAUUUUCUCACUCAAAAAAGCUGAAAAUCAGAAUGAGUUCGUCAAGCAGAGCUUGGUUAGUGGCGGCAAGCAUUGGGGCAGUGGAGGCACUGAAGGAUCAGGGCUUCUGCCGAUGGAAUUACGCCUUGAGGCUUCUGCAGCAGCAUGCCAAGAACAAUCUCAGAUCCUACACUACUCAGGGCCAGAAGCUGUGCGGACCCUCUUCUUCCAUGAUUAGUAACAAGAUGAGAGACGACAAACUGAAGCAAUCCGAGGAGUCGCUUAGGAAAGUGAUGUAUUUGAGCUGUUGGGGUCCCAAUUGAGGAAGAUAAUUCCCCCCAAUAUUUUGUACAUAUUGAUGAUUCUUAUAUGAUGAUGACGACGAAACUUUCUAAAUCUUCAAGUUUGGAUUAUUGAUGCAGCAGUUGAUAAACUGAAAUAGAACAAGUUAUUUACCCAACCAAGUAUUUCCAUUUCUUUUGGUGUUAAUCAAUAUAUUUUUUGGCGUCAA